AUGCGAAAUUUUGGCGCCAAAAAGUUUAUAAACAAUCAAAGCAAUGAAGGUGCAAAUAACAUAGGUGUUCAAGGUGUAAGUAUUAAUGUUGGGGCAGAAUAUGGCGCUGUAUGGGAGUACUGUGGUUCUAAAAAUGAAAAUUUUGACGCAAAUGAUCAGGUUAAUCAAAAUUUUGAUCAAAUCCAUGAUAUACCAGAAAAUGAACCAUAUACGACCGAGGAUGCAGGUGAGGUUGAGAUGAAGGGUAUUUUGCAGUGUGAUGUUAGCGAUGGUCUACCGAACAUCGAUUGUAGUUGCGAAAUUACUCAAGAAUAUCAGCAUUCUCCCUCUACUAAGAAUGAACAGUAUCGGCAUAAUGAAAAUAAUCAGCAUCAUUCUACAUAUAAUUUAAUUUCCAAAUCAUGGAAGCUGGAAAAGCUUGAUCAUAGCUCGGUCGAUAGCAAUCCUAUCAUUAAACACAUCCCUCAGGAACCUAAAGCAAUCUUUAGCAAGAAGUUUAUUGAAAAUCCACUGGUUGAUGAAAGGGUGCUCUAUCAAAAUAAGAGAGUUAUACUAUAUAAGACGGAAAUGUGUAGAAGCUUUAGCGAAGUAGGAUUCUGUAAAUAUGGGGAUAGAUGUCAAUUUUGCCAUAGUCCUAGCGAGCUUAGAACAGUGAAAAGACACCCAAAGUAUAAAACUGAGAUAUGCAAGACUUUUUGGAAUGAGGGAAAUUGUCCGUACGGCAGUAGGUGUUGUUUUAUACAUUUGGAGAAGGUUAGUAAUAAUAUCGAUAGUUUUAGUGAUGGCAGCAGUGGUAUAUUUCUGCUGAUCAUUCUACUGGCAGUGUUUCAAAUAUAUAUAGAAGCACCCAGGCCAACAUUAAACAUACCAGUAUUAACAAUCAUCAAAAUAGCAUAG